AAAUAAUAAUACGGCAUCUGAUACAAAAAACAUCGUCUCCUUGAAAAAGGCUUCAUGUUUUGAUGAUCUACAACAUCUACUUUUUUUCAACCCUUUUCCUCCAUUACUACUAGUACUCGGUACGGCUCUCUCUUUUGCUUUGCAUUGCAUCGUCUACUUCUAUUACAUUACAACUUCGCUUGUCAUUCAAAUAGAUUGUUAAUGUGUGAAUGAAUUCGGUUGAUUAUUUUAUUCAUAUCCAUAUCCAUUUCACUCUUUAUACCGGAAUACCGCCAGUCGAUCCUUCUAGGUAGUAUAUCACCAGACAUACACUAUACACCUAAAGCCUCGACUCGACCGCCAACCUCGGAAGUCCAAUCAAAAGGCCUGCCUUUGUUUAUGCAGAGCCAUUGAAGCUUCCUUAACUCGUUCGGGUCCCGAUUGACAACGUCUUCGAAGGGUUCUUGAACGAGCAACGACAUCGCAUUAGAAGUAGGAGCCUUGAUAGCAAAAGCCGCUAAGAUGGGACCUUCUUCGAGAAAUUCCAACUCUGGCCAGGUCAUUGAGUACAUUCCAGACCGCCUAUACCUAGCAUCCUACCUUCACCCUCCUAACGCCGACACCGUCUUCCCGUACCACGACCCGCCACCUCAGUCACCAAGGAAGAGAUCACAGAGGGCAGUAGAUGGCCCUGCGCCCGCUCCCUCCAAGUCUGAACGACACCCUCCAUACUACUUUACUGUCGACGACACUCUCCUCUACAACGCAUUCCACCACGAUUUUGGCCCGCUUCACAUUGGUCACCUUUACCGCUUUGCUCUACACUUUCACGAUGUCCUCGGUGCUAAGGAAAACCAACACAGACCGAUUGUGUUUUAUAGCCGAGCAGACCCAAGAAGUCGAGCAAAUGCCGCAUGUUUACUAGCGUGCUACAUGGUCCUAAUCCAGUCCUGGCCACCUCACUUGGCCCUAGCGCCCAUUGCCCAGGUUGAUCCACCCCUGAUGCCUUUCCGCGAUGCUGGUUAUAGUCAGGCCGACUAUGGUAUCACUGUUCAGGACAUCGUAUACGGUGUCUGGAAAGCCAAGGAAGAAGGUGUCUGUGUCUUGGACAACUUCGACCUUGACGAGUACGAGAGAUUCGAACGAGUUGAACAUGGUGAUUUCAACUGGAUUACGCCUAAUUUCCUGGCAUUCGCCUCGCCGCAAAGCACUCAGACGACACGAAUCACCGAGUCUUCCGAAUUAUAUGCUACACUGCCUAAGACGCUGUCUGCUGUAGACGCUCAUCCAACCCUCUCACAACCAUUCAAGAAUGUAUUGAGACAUUUCUCCGAGCGCAACAUCGGCUUGGUCGUGCGUCUUAACUCUCCCCUUUACUCUCCCUCGUACUUUGAGGCGCUAGGGAUACAACACCUCGACAUGAUAUUUGAGGAUGGCACUUGCCCACCGCUAAGUACUGUCCGAAAAUUCAUCAAGCUUGCCCACGAGACGAUCACGGUGAAGAAGAAGGGGAUUGCUGUCCACUGCAAAGCUGGUCUUGGAAGAACUGGAUGUUUGAUCGGAGCUUAUCUGAUUUACCGCCAUGGUUUCACGGCGAACGAAAUCAUUUCGUUCAUGCGAUUCAUGCGUCCAGGCAUGGUUGUAGGUCCUCAGCAACAUUGGCUACAUAUCAACCAAGGAGUAUUCCGAGAAUGGUGGAUUGAGGAGAGGCUGGAGAGGAAGCUGCGAAAGGAGAUGGCUGCGAACGUGCCUCCCAGCACACCCAUCCGCGCAAUGCAGAAGGCCAAUCUAAACCGAAGUGCUCAGGCCUCAACUCCUCCAAGCCGAAGCCCAUCAAACCGUACGCCUCUUGGCGAUCUAGACGGUGAACGCCGUAACGCCGGCGUGCAAGAAGAUUAUUUACCAGCACCAACACCAGGCCAACCUCGAAAGACCAGUCGCGCCGACCGUCAUCAUCCGUACCACCGAAGCACAUCUCACCAUCCCACAGUCGAGGAGGAACAAGAAGCCGCGAGCAAGAACGCAGAUGCUACCUCCACCCACGGCAGGCGAUCUAAUGAUAGCAUUGACUCGGAGGAGGAAUUAUAUCUGCGUAUGCGAUCUAAUCGCAAGGCAUCUCGUACACCAGCAGCCUGCAGCGAAACGAUCCGAUCCGUCAGUCAGAGCACGACUACAACGAUCUAUCAGGUUAUCGACAACGACGCUUCUAAUGACGCCGAAAAUGUUGGCCAUGGUCGCCCGAAGACCAUUGUAGAUCACGUCACUGGUUCGCCAACACGCUCAGCUAGCGCUUCUGGCGUGAUGACCAAGGUCAGGAGCAGCAAGCGAUCAACCGAGUCAUCCCGAAACAAGGAUUCCAUGGGUGUGCGAAAGACCAGUGGUCGAAUUGGUAGCAUUGGUACCAACAACACUGCCAACUCGGCGCGUAAGGUUUCCGCAUUAUAGGAUAAUGAGGUCUUACGGCGGCCAAAUUGAGUAUCGAUGACUGUUCCGAAUUAUGCUGCAAUAUCUCAUGGCUUAUCCAACGAUGAUCAAACUUCUGCGGGCAGCUAAUUUUUUCACGAUGACGACUAUGACGACCGAAUCAUGGUUCUUUUGCAUAUGCGUUUGGCGUUUGGUAUCAAUAAGAGGUACAUGGACUUCGCCCCAAUCAAUUCAAAUAUAAUGGAUCCGACUUCCCUCUCUUCGCAUCUGCUCCUCGAUGAUUCUUCCUCUUUGAAGAAAAAGUACCCAGCUGGGCUACCUUGGUUGCUUAUGUUCGUUCAUACCAACCGGCUUUUCCCACAUAACUAUUUUUGAAUGACUCGGGCGUUGUGGUUCUUCUGUUUUGGGGUCAGUGAUUCGGAAAGGGCAUUGUUGCAUAUUUUAAUCCGGGCCGGUUUUUUCGCCGAGUUAUGUGUCCAUUCUAAACUGACGUCGAGCUGGAUGGAGGAUGCGAGCUGAGAGAGAGAGCCUUGGAGUAACGAGGGGAGUUUCUCGUUGAAGUAUCACUGCUUGGUUGUGUUUGUUUUUUAGAUCAAUACGCGUUAUAUGAUGAAUCAUUUCUUCA